AUGUCAUCGAAUAAAGAGCAGCAAGAACCUGAUCUCACCACAACGGUGCACGAAGGAUGUCUGACGCACAGAAUACAACGACGUGAUUUGUUCAGAUUUAUACGUUGGAAUUUAUGGUUCACAGCCAUGUAUCGCCUGCCACUAGAGCGCUAUUUCCCUGCUCGCCUACGGUUUCUCGCCAUUACUUUGGACUGGACCUACGAACUGUUCUUAUAUUCAACAUUGCUACAUAUCGACAUACUCUUUAUAUACACCAUAUAUCUGAAUAAAGAUAAAGGCGAUUUGGAACUAAUAGUGAGUAGUAUGAUCCAGACGGUCAUCUAUACGUGGGCAAUUGGCAUUAAAGUCUUCUUUAAACGUAUCCAACCCAAGCGUGUAAAAGGAUUAAUGCGUUAUUUGAAUGAGAAAUGUAGAACGCGGUCAGCGGCUGGAUUCACCUACGUUACGUUUAAUGAGAGCGCCAAUUUUUCGACUAUUUCCACUACGAUAUUUAUGAUUUGCUGUUAUGCUGGCAGUACUUUUUGGCUUUUCGUGCCCAUCUUUAAUCAAGAUCGCAGCUUGCCACUAGCCUGCUGGUAUCCCAUCGAUUAUAAGGUACCAAUUGUUUACGAGCUCAUUUACUUUCUACAAACUGUGGGUCAGCUGCAAAUUGCUGGUGCCUUCGGUGGUACGAGUGCUUUCUAUCUGCUGGUAUCGGUGCUCUUCUCUGGUCAAUUCGAUAUACUGAACUGCAGUCUGAAAAAUAUUUUGGCUACUACAUAUCUAAUUCUAAGAAAACCGAAAUCGGAACUUCUCUUACUGAGAGAAAAACAAAACAUCGCCAACUACGAGCUUAAUCAAUAUUACAGCGCCAAGGAAUACAACACCGAUUUCGACUGUAUAACACAUCUUUUGGACGUAAAAACACCGAAACCCGAAAAAUUUUACAAAGCAUUCAAAAUCGCCCUUAGACCCAGCAUUGCUCAUCAUCGUUACAUACUCUACGGCCUAAAAAUGCUGGAGGAUCUCUACAGUUAUCUGUGGUUUCUCAAAACUAUUGAAGUGACACUGCUAGUUUGCCUAGUCGCAUUUGCUUGGGUGAAGCGCAGCCCUUGGUAUUUGCAUUCUAAUGAAAUAAAGCAGGAUGUUUUAUUCUUUAUACUCAACGCUCAGCGCCCAUUCCGAUUGACCGGUGGCAAGAUGUACAACUUAAAUGUGGAGAAGUUUCGCAGUAUGGACCUGAGACAACCGCAGCCAAAUUAA